CCGCCCGCACCGCGCCAUGGCCCCGCGCGCCCGGCGGCGCCGCCAGCUGCCUGCGACGCUGCUGGCGCUCUGCGUGCUUCUCGUUCCACUGCAGGUGACCCUCCAGGUCACUCCUCCAUGCACCCAGGAGAGGCAUUAUGAGCAUCUCGGACGGUGUUGCAACAGAUGUGAACCAGGGAAGUACCUGUCCUCUAAGUGCACUCCUACCUCCGACAGCGUGUGCCUGCCCUGUGGCCCAGAUGAGUACUUGGACACCUGGAAUGAAGAAGAGAAAUGCUUGCUGCAUAAAGUCUGUGAUGCAGGCAAGGCCCUGGUGGCGGUGGAUCCUGGCAACCACACGGCCCCGCGUCGCUGUGCCUGCACAGCGGGCUACCACUGGAACUCAGACUGCGAGUGCUGCCGCAGGAAUACGGAGUGUGCACCCGGCUUCGGAGCUCAACAUCCCUUGCAGCUCAACAAGGAUACGGUGUGCACACCCUGCCUCCCGGGCUUCUUCUCAGAUGUCUUUUCAUCCACAGACAAAUGCAAACCUUGGACCAACUGCACCGUCCUUGGACAGAUAGAAGCACACCAAGGGACAAUGGAAUCAGAUGUGGUCUGCAGCUCUUCCCUGACACUGAGGAGACCACCCAAGGAGGCCCAGGCUUACUUGCCCAGUCUCAUCGUUCUGCUCCUCUUCAUCUCCGUGGUAGUAGUGGCUGCCAUCUUCUUCGGCAUUUACUACAGGAAGGGAGGGAAAGCACUGACAGCUAAUUUGUGGAGUUGGGUCAAUGAUGCUUGCAGUAGUCUGAGUGGAAAUAAGGAGUCCUCAGGGGACCGUUGUGUUGGUUCCCACUCGGCAACCUCCAGUCAGCAAGAAGUGUGUGAAGGUAUCUUACUAAUGACUCGGGAGGAGAAGACGGUUCCAGAAGCUGGUGCUGGAGUCUGUGGGCCUGUGUGUGCGGCAGACGGGCCCUGGGCAGAAGGCAGAGAUUCUAGGACGUUCACAUUGGUCAGCGAGGUUGAGACGCAAGGGGACCUCUCAAGGAAGAUUCCCACAGAGGAUGAGUACAUGGACCGGCCCUCACAGCCUUCGGAUGGUUCACUGUUCCUAAUCCAGCAGGGAAGCAAAUCUAUACCCCCAUUCCAGGAGCCCUUGGAAGUGGGGGAGAACGACAGUUUAAGCCAGUGUUUCACGGGGACUGAAAGCACGGUGGAUUCUGAAGGCUGUGACUUCACUGAGCCUCCAAGCAGAACUGACUCUAUGCCUGCGUCCCCUGAAAAGCACCUGGCAAAAGAAAUAGAGGGUGACAGUUGCCUCCCCUGGGUGGUCAGCUCCAACUCAACAGAUGGCUACACAGGCAGUGGGAACACUCCUGGGGAGGACCAUGAACCCUUUCCAGGGUCCCUGAAAUGUGGACCAUUGCCCCAGUGUGCCUACAGCAUGGGCUUUCCCAGUGAAGCAGCAGAGGCAGGAGUACGGCCCCAGGACAGGGCUGAUGAGAGGGGAGCCUCAGGGUCCGGGAGCUCCCCCAGCGACCAGCCACCUGCCUCUGGGAACGUGACUGGAAACAGUAACUCCACGUUCAUCUCUAGCGGGCAGGUGAUGAACUUCAAGGGUGACAUCAUCGUGGUAUAUGUCAGCCAGACCUCGCAGGAGGGCCCGGGCCCCGCAGAGCCGGAGUCAGAGCCCGUGGGCCGCCCGGUGCAGGAGGAGACCCUGGCACGCAGAGACUCCUUUGCGGGCACCGCGCCGCGCUUCCCCGACGUCUGUGCCACCGGGGCUGGGCUGCAGGAGCAGGGGGCACCCCGGCAGAAGGACGGGGCAUCGCGGCCUGUGCAGGAGCAGGGUGGGGCGCAGACCUCACUCCAUACCCAGGGGUCCGGACAAUGUGCAGAAUGACCUCACCUUCUCUGUCUGCCCUGGGUGCAGGGCACCAGUGCCUUUCCAAAAAAACGUGGUGUAGUUAGCCACUGCGCACCUCCUCACUGGUGCAGGCUGCUGGCAUGGUGGUGGAGCCCACCUCUCACUUCCUCCAGUGCCCCUCUCCUCUGCCUCCUACCACCUGGCAUCAUUCAGUUUGGCCUUUUUUUUUUGUAACGUUGGUGUCCUGCAUUUUUAAGAUCUAUAUCACCCCACCCCCAUAUUUAUUAUUCACUUGCUUUU